ACUAGCGUGUGUGUGUGUGUGUGUGUGUGUGCGCGUGUGACUGGCUGGCUUGCGUGCUGUGCUUCUCUUCGCCACAACCGAACGUUUUUUUGUGUGCGUGUGUGUGUGUGAGUGAAAUACUCCACGUGUGGACGGCUGCGUUUCGCGUACAAGAAAGCGCCACCGUAAUGUUUGUUUUCCGAGCGACAUAAUGGGCGAGUUUGAACAGGGCUGGGCCUGUACGUCGGGCGCGCGGAGGACGAGCCUCUUAACAGGCUAACGCCACACGUCAAGUUGCCCCGUGAACUUUGUCACAUUUCGGGGGCAAUGUCCUGCGCGACGUUGACGAAAAGUGCUCGGAGGGCGUUUUUGUUUUCUGUCGUCGGUACGAGACGGAGAGGCACCGACUCACUUUGUGGACUUCUUCCGGUUCCGAGGCGCCCCAUCAUCGACAUGUCGUACUCGGCGCACUUCAUUGAUUUUCAAGGAUCCUCCAUAGCGAGCAGCAUGAAAAAGGUGGUCGUGAACCAGCUCAGUCCCAAUUUUAGAGAGGCCGCCUCGGUGCAAACUGUUCCGGUUCCGACACCCGCAGACGCCGACUUGCUCGUCAGAAAUCGGUUUGUGGGGAUCAACGCCUCUGAUAUUAAUUAUUCAGCAGGCCGUUAUGACCCAACGGUGCAACCACCCUUCGACGCUGGAUUUGAAGGUAUCGGUGAGGUUGUCGGCCUCGGCCUCAGCGCCAGCUCCCGCUACACAGCUGGGGACACCGUGGCCUACUUCAGCAGCGGCGCCUUUGCCGAGUACACCGUGGUCCCCGCCAAGGAAAGUGUGCCUGUCCCUUCAGUGAAGCCCGAGUUGCUCACCCUGUUGGUCAGCGGUGCUACCGCCUACAUUGCCUUGAAGCGGCUGGGUGACCUGGCCAAAGGCGAGACAGUUCUAGUCACAGCGGCUGCAGGAGGAACGGGACAGUUUGCAGUGCAGUUUGCAAAACAGGCCGGUUGUCACGUGAUCGGAACCUGUUCGUCCAAUGAGAAAGCGGGCUUCCUUAAGUCUAUUGGGUGCGACAGGGCAAUUAACUACAAAGCAGAGGAUUUGGCCAAGACCCUGAAGAACGAGUACCCAAACGGCAUUGACGUGGUUUAUGAAUCGGUCGGGGGCAGCACUUUAGAACUGGCAGUUAACUGUCUGGCUAAAAAAGGCCGGCUGAUAGUGAUUGGCUUCAUCUCAGGCUACCAGUCUGCGUCAGGCAUCCCGCAGUUCAGAGGGGCAACUCUACCCGUAAAGCUUCUCCAGAAGUCAGCAAGCAUUCGAGGUUUCUUCCUUCCCCACUUCAUCAGCGACUACACAGAGGCUCUGAAUAGCAUGAUGCAGAUGUUUGCCAUGGGCAAACUUGUGUGUGAGGUGGAUUAUGGGGAUUUGGCCCAAGAGGGGAGGUUUGUUGGCCUGGAGUCAGUCUUCCGAGCAGUGGACUACAUGUAUGCAGGAAAGAACGUCGGCAAGGUUGUGGUAGAAGUGGCACCUCCCUCUAAUUCUAAAAGUAAACUGUAAAUGUUUUGCAACAAACAAAUUCUACUUCCAUUUUAAAAUCAUCAACAAUACAAAUUUGGCACUGGUCAGUUUGCCUGAUUAACAUUUCAGCUAUGUAAAGGUUUUGAGAUUAUAUGUUUGACAACAUUGUAAUUACAAAUAAAAAUGAGU